AAACAAAUAAAUAAUUAAAAGAACAAUUCUUAACCCGAAUACAGCGUAAGUUCACCUAACAUCACUUUGUAUUCUGACCCAAAUCCCUCAUCUGUGUUGCAGCCGCCUGCCUAACCACUCCUUCUUGCAUCAAUGGCGGAAACUGCCGACAAAUCUCAAACUCUCGCGGAGCAAUACUAUGUGAAGGACAAACAAGAGAAAGUAGAGGUAGUUGAAAAGCCUGUUGCAGUCGAGGCAGUUGAAAAACCUGUUGUUGUCGAGGAAGUUGAAAAGCCAAAGGAGGCUACUUCCGAGGAAGCUGUUGUUGAGAAAGCUGAAGAAAACACUCUAGAGCCAAGCAGUGAAACUGUUGUCGAAGAAAGCAAACUAGAGCCAAGCAGUGAAACUGUUGUCGAAGAAAGCAAUCUAGAGCCAAGCAGUGAAACUGUUGUCGAAGAAAGUUCUGGUGAUCAAGAGGAAGCUGAAGAGAAACCUGAAAUUAAGCUAGAGACUGCUCCAAUAGAUUUCCGUUUUCCAACUACCAAUCAAACAAGGCAUUGCUUCACCCGUUACAUUGAAUAUCAUCGAUGUGUAGCUGCAAAGGGAGAUGAUGCACAAGAAUGUGAUAAGUUUGCCAAGUAUUAUCGUGCUCUUUGCCCUGGCGAAUGGGUUGACAGAUGGAACGAGCAACGCGAGAAUGGAACAUUUCCAGGCCCGCUGUAGUGUGGCAUAUGUCUGAGAUAGAUGCACAAUUCACUUGCAGUAUUACAUUUAAAAUUGCGAGAUAAACUUCCAAACAUUUUAGGGAAUGUUCAAUGUUGCGCAUUGGGUUAAUAAGAAAUUUUGCUUUUCGAUUUUUAAACCAGCUUUAGUUGUAAAAUUGCAGGAAAUGCUUCUGGUGAAAUGUCCAGAUAUCUGUCUUGUUAAUUACUGGAUUCUUGACUGAGGGGUUGGUGUCUGAGUUUUUUAUUCCCCAAAGUAAUAAAUUAAAAGAGUUUUUAGGAUCAA